UCUUUCUACAAAGUUCAAGGUGAACAGAGGUGACACCUAGAAAUGGCCUUGGAAUGUCAGCUGAAAGGAAAUCUCACAUGCAGCAUGGCUUUCUGGACUGGGAUUAACAACUACUUGCCCACCUUCUUCCUGGAGUGAGCAAUGAGAAAAAAAUGCAUUUAGAAUCACUGGCUGCAAAAGAUUAAGCUUUGGGACAUCCAGAAAUGAAGAAAAAACUCUAAAAACUAAAAAAACCCAAGAGAGUGUGACAAGAAGUGAGGUCAGGUGAUUGGUUGCUUGGUUUGUUUACACCUGUUGUUUUCUAUACUAUUUUUAACUCAAACUUGAAGAAGGCACAGACAAGAAAGAGUCAUGCUUUCUGCCUUUCUGUGCCAUGAUAAUCACUAAUUGACCCUAAGACACUUGAUCUCCAUGUACUUCCCAAACGCCGUGGCCCUUUGAGAUUGUUCAUAGAGCACUGGCUGGCAGAGCAGUCAGAGCAUAUCUGGCCUGGCACUUGCUGCCUUCUUGUGCAAGUGUUAUUCCCUGGCACAGGGAGAGCGACUCCUGACAGGGCCGAGAGGAAGGGAGAGGGGGGCCUCCACAUCUUCUCAGUGCUAUUGGCUGGUUUUAUUUUCUGGCAUCUCUGGGGCUUGAGUUUGGAGACUAGCCAUCGAACAUCCUGUUUUCACGGAAUUUGUCUCUGUUCUUCCCAGUCUAUUCUCAUUUCUUCUGCUUGCAGACUUGCUGCAAUAACACCAAGAUAAACAAGAGCCUAUGAGGACUUGCACCUCCCUUCUCCCUCUCAGAUGGAAGGCUCCAAGGAAAAAAUCACCCUGAAUAUUGGGGGAGUCAGAUAUGAGACGUACAGCAGCACGCUCCGGACCUUCCCAGGGACCAAGCUGUGCAGCCUAACUGAGCCCCAUGCCCCAAGUAUCUAUGACUAUGAUCCAACCACCAAAGAGUUCUUUUUUGACAGGAGUGCUGAGAUCUUUAGCUACGUGUUGAACUAUUAUAGAACGAAACAUUUCCACUGCCCCAUUGAUACCUGUAGGUCAGUCUUAGAGGAAGAACUGGCUUUCUGGGAAAUAAAUGAGGCACAGCUAGCAUCCUGCUGCUUGCUGAAGCUGAAUAACAGAGAGGUGCAGCCAGAGGAGUUUAAUAUUUGGGAUGAGAAUGAACAGACCGAUGACCAGUGCCUCAUAAUCCAGACAGAAAGAAGGGAUUUCAGCUGGCGAACCAGGUGGCAGCCAAAGAUAUGGUCUAUUUUUGAAAAACCAUUUUCCUCUUUCAGUGCUAAGUGCUUGGCUUUUGUUUCUCUGCUGUUCAUCGUUGGAAUUGUCAUCAUAUUCUGUGAGGAGACCAAGGCACAGUUUGAGUUCUUUACUGCUAACUUCACUUCUGUUGGCUAUUACGAGGUCUCCCGCCAUGACCAUGAACCCUAUUACCACCAGGCCGCCUACUUGCUUCAUCUGGAGCUUUUUUGUGUCCUCUGGUUUACUUUUGAAUUCUCUGUACGAUUUUGUUUCUGUCCAGACAAGAAAUUGUUCUUCCAGAAUCCCCUGAACGUGGUUGACUUCCUCUCCCUCUUCCCAGUUUAUAUUGAGCUCUUUGUGGCUGGGCAGAUUCAGAGAAUGCCAAGCCUGGGGCUUUGGUUGGGCUUUGUUCGCAUUGUCUAUCUCCUCAAACUCCUGAAGAUAUCUAAACUGAUAGAAACACCACUGAUCCUCAGGGUUCUGUGCUACACCCUCAAGUCUGUCCUCAGAGAGAUUUGCAUCCUGCUGAUGAUUUUGGCCUUUGAGACUCUCUUCUUUGGCUCUCUCUUUUUCUAUGGGGAGUUGCUGGGUAGCCAUCCAUCCUACACAGGGGAGCUGCACUUUGCUGACAUUCUUAUUUGCUUCUGGUGGGCUUUGAUCACACUCACUACAGUUGGCUAUGGAGAUAUUAUCCCUUUUACCACAGCUGGCCAAGUGACAGCAGCAUUAGCUGCAGUAUUCGGCAUGCUAACUAUUAUCAUCCCAAUACCAAUUUUCCUGGUGAAAUUUAAAAGCUAUUAUGACAUUGCUAUCUUCAAACAGAAGCUGAAAAGGAGCAAGAAACACUAACACUUCAGAACUGCUGUUCCCCUUUGCCUUUAUUGAUAAACCUUUGGCAUAGUUUAUUUGCUUUGUUGGGAGGGGAGUGCAAAUACUUCUUACUGCUUUAGCUUGCUGCCUUAGCAUGUUUCAAAUCAUUGCUGAGGCCUACGGUUGCAUUACUUGAUACACAAUUGAUCAGACCUGUCAAAUCACAUGAGAGUCUUUCCCAUAUAGUAGUUCACACCAUGCUUUCUUAUGUGCCAUGGUUUUUCUCUCUCAUCAAGCUGUCCAAAGAUGGGCUGUGAUGCUGCGUUAUAGCCUGAAUGUGCAGUGCAUCGCCCAAUUCCAUGGCAUAGGGCCCCAGCACAUUCCCUCAGCUGGCAUAAAACCCACUAUUCUUGCCUGAUAGACCACAGUCUCCUUUUCCAGGCUGGGGAAGAAGAAUUGCACAGUGGUCCUGCUCUGACCACAAGGAAGAAGCAUGUUUGGUUUUUUUUUAAACGAUGUUUUUUUCCAUUCUACCUAAACAAGCCAGUACCUCUGGCCUGGUCUGCCUGCACGCAUGCACUGAUGUACAGAAGGGAGCAGGCUGAGCCGAGUGUCUGUAGUGCCGAGAUCCAACACAGUUUGAUAACCUGCUUUGUGGGCACACAGGAAUUGCUGCAACACUUGGGUACCAGCAAGGAAGCCCUCCAACUGCAAAGCCUUUCUGGCUCCACUGAAGUCAAUGUCAACCUCUUCCUGAUCUCAGUGUGAUCUAAAUUUUAUUGGAUGCUUCCAGGGGGUCAAUACAUUUCAGCAGUUCUUUGUAUUAAAGUAACAAUGUCACUGAGCUAUUAGCCAAAAUAUCUGUAUGGAUUUUGCUGUUCAAAAAGAAGAACACAAUCUACAGUACUCAAUAUAAUUUUAAUGACAUUUAUUUUCAUAAGGCAUAGAUAUAGACUAGGAAUAUUCACCUUUUAACUGGACGGUCUUAAUUGUUGCCUAUGUUUAGUUUUGAAAUGACAAAUGAUGUUGAUGUAUGCAAAACCCCCAUAUCACAUUGUUUAUAUAGCAGGAUGAUGUACUAAGAUUAUUUUGUUCAGUAAGUAAAAAUUUCUAUAUGCGGUAACGUAUGUAAAUUU